GUUUUUUUUUUUUUUUUUUUUGAAUAGAUAUAAUAGGUAGUUGGUAAAACAAAUAAAUAAGAAUUUUUUUUUUUUUUUUGAGGGGAUCAAAUAAAUAAGAAAUUAUAAAAACAUCUCAUGUUUCUAUUAGUAUUUGGCAAAUCCCCAUUUUUUUUUUUGUUAAAAUAGAGAAAACAAAAAAUAAAAAAGAAAAGAGGAACAUAGUUAGAAAAGAACAAAUCUCUAACCCUACCUCUCCUAUUUUCACUCCAUAAUAUUUGAACUGAAAUUUUAUCUUUCUUGUCAAAUUACAGAAGAUUUCUUUCCACAUCUUCGGUUAGAAUUUUCGAUUUGGAAAUCCGUAUUCCCAGCAUCAAUUCAAUUCAAGCUUCAGCAAGGAUUUUUUUCGACUUACCAAAACAAAAAUUGAAGGUUUGUUUAGGAUUAAAUUUAUUAUAUAUCGAAAGUUUUGUUCUCACCUUCUUCCUGCACGUCGACGUCGCUGACGACCCAGACCCUUACCAUUUCGCCGGAAUCAUACGACCAACGAAGAAACACUUUUAAGGGCUACAUCAUUUUCUGGAUUAAAUAGCAGAAGGCUCUCAUUCACAUUCAACAGCUGCUUCACUACUUUGUUUAUCUUCACCUCUUCACUGUGUGGUCAUUUGCAUCAAUUUAAUGUAAUAUCGAGUUGAGGACAACAAGAUUUUCAUUCCAACUUUAUUUCAGUUAUAAGAACAUAAGAUUAACUAUGGUUAGAUUAUACUAGAUUUUUUUUUGGGGGGGGGGGUUGUAUUUAGCCUUUUUUUUUUGCUGUAUAUAGCACUUAUGUUAUGUGAUGCUCGCUAAUUUUUUUUUAAAAACCCAGGGGGUUUCAGGGAUGGAAACGCUAAUUUUUCUAUAGUUGGUUGUUGGAAUGAUGGGUCCUGAAAUAGAGAUGAGUGCGGAAUUAAAGACUAUAAUGGACGUUUCACCUGGUAAUAUUAAAGAGAAUCGUAAUUCUAUUGAGUUGUCUGAGGAGAAGUUGGUUGUUUGUUCAAGUAAUUGUGAGGAUCAUGAUUUUGUUUACUCUGCUGCAAAAGCGUCAGACGGGAACCUGAUGAUGACUUGUACAAGUAGCUAUGAGGAUAAUUCUUUUCACGACUGUGAUCAAAUUAUGGCAUCGAAAGAGUGUAACGAGGAUGUAGUGGUUGAUAUUGUGGAGAAUGUGAUUCCUGAGGAAGAUAUAGUGGCUGAGAGGGAAUCUCUCGAUGCAACGGAGAAUUCGAGCUCAUUUGGGUGUACAGAUUCUGGGGCUGGAACUGCUGGGGCUUCGAGUGAUGUUGAGGUUGAGUCUCAAAUGCGGGAUGAUAAUGCUUCACUGAUGGACUUCGAUGGAUUCAACGAUAUUUUCAGAACAAGGAAGAAGAAACUAACAGCUCAUUGGAGAAAGUUUAUACGUCCGCUUAUGUGGCGGUGUAAAUGGGUUGAGCUGCAUAUCAGGGAACUACGCUCCCAAACUUCCAAGUAUGGCCGUGAGUUAGAAGAAUGUGGUAAAAGAAAGCAGUAUGAGCCAGACAAAUCUGCUGCUGAAGACCUUGCUAUGAAGUCUGCUCCUUUUGUUUGCCAAAAUCGGGCAGUAAGGAUUAUGAAGAGGAAGAAACGGAAAAAAGUUGAAGAGAUAGCAGACUUGGCUGCCUACUCUUCAUCCCACAGCUUAUUCUCAUACUUUGCAAACAAGAAACCGUCUGGUGACUCGGCUUAUUUGGGUGACGAUCGUGGCAACACGGAAAAGACAACUUCUUGCAUUGGUGAAUUUGGUGUUACUGGGGAAUGGUCAUUUCUUGAGUUUAAGGACAGGGAUGCCUGUGAAAAUAUCCUACGGAGCAUUGAAGUGGCUCAACUGCAUGUCCGCCAACUGAAAUUAAGAAUUGAUAAAGUGAUCAAAGAAAAUGCUGAAAAUUUCACUUCAGAAAAUUCAAGCAUUGUUGAUCUGGGUGAACUAUUGGCAAACUGUGGCCCAAGUUCAUAUAUGCCCCCUGUCAAUGGUGAAAAUUCUCCUCUGGGAUCUUUGCUUACCACUUCUCAGCAAACAUCUCAAAAGAAGACUGUCAUGCCAACAAGUGUAGUUUCUGGUCAUACGGAAGUUUACAAGAUUGAGAACGAGAUUCUAGUCUAUAGUCAACCGGUAAAGGAAGAGCUGAAUAAUACUGAAGCUGUUGGGACUCAACACACUGCAGAAACUCAGUCGGGGAUCGAAGCGAAAGUGGAGAAUGUCGAACACAUCCCAGAUCCUGAUUCUCCCAGUAAAUUAUUAGUAACUCGAGAGCAAGCAAGUGUUAAAGUACGGCCCAAGUUGAUUAUCACCCCCAAGAACAAGAAAAAGCGUGGGAAGCGUAAGGCUCGAGCUGGUAGGUGGAGCAAAAAAUCAUCAGAGUAGUACUAGUAUAUAAUAGGCAUUUGUUUUAGUAAAUUUCAUAGUUUGAUAUGAUAGUGUGCUACUGCUAGAUAGAUAUAACCUGAAAGAGAGAGACCUGGAGAAGGAAGAAAAUAUUUGGUGUUUGGUGGGGGGUAAUUGAAAGCUGAUAUAUAUCCUAUCUCCAUGCAUUUGUACAUGCUUUUUGAUCUGUAUGAAAUACAAAAUACCUUCCGACUGUUAUAAAUGAAGUACGUAAAUUCUUUGCAA